CGCAAUUGCAAGUACCAUCACGUUGGAUUUUCGUUUUAUGGUACGAUCUGAGCAAGAAGAAGCGAUCGGUGGGUUCGUUCGCGGUGCUUUCACCCGUCAAGUGUAAAGUUGAAGGUUGGUGGGCGAUUAUUGUUUUUUUUUUUUUUUUGGGGUACCACUGGAACGACCUUAGUGGGUACGUACCGUCUGUCAGAGGCGUUAAGAGGAAGAAGACGAAACUGAAGAAGAGAAAUUGAAUGAGGGAGUUGUUUUUUUGUCGGUAGUGUUAGUGGGUGGAUUUAUUUUUUUAAGUGUUUUUUUUGGGAUUUUGUAUGAGAAAACUUUGAUGGAUUAAGUUUUUUGUUUUAUGGUCACUAACGUUUGGAUUACUAUCACUAUUUGACUACGAUGGUUCUCACCGGGUAUUAUUGACUGACAAUGGCGAGAUAGGAAAGGAAUUAUGAGCAAUAUGAUUAGAUAUAGGGUCUUCUUACUUUGUCUGCUUCUUCUACCAGCACUCCUCACCGCUUCAGACCUAGAAGAAGCUCACGAGAAGCAAAUCCUCACCAAAUCAGUUCCAUAUAACCAAAAACAUGUUGCAAACGGACCAAAGAAAUCCACCGAAGAAGACUUAUCUGCCUCAGCUGCUGAAUAUAGAGCUCCCAAGUACUUACCCCCAGGAGGCUCUAGGGGCAGGAACUGCUAUGAUUGCAAUAGUGAACCUUGGAUUCCGAUCGCAGGCAGGAGCUUGCCGUUCCCAACUUCCUCUUCUAGUCACUCAAGCAGCGCUGAAAAAGGCAUAAACAAGCAAUUCCAUACGUUUUACCCUCAAAUAGACCAAUAUGGAGCUCCUCAGGGUUCCUUCGAGCUACCCCCGAUAGGAGAAGUAGUAGAUUUCAUGCUGCCACCCCCAUACAAAAGUGGCAGCCUCAUAUCAGGACUAGGGGAUGUGUACAAUUUUAAUUUUGGACCUCCGAGGCCCACCUAUGGGGCUCCCAAGCCACUACCGUCGUUCAGACCCAUUCAUCAAUCCAGACCUCCACCUAAUAAUAAGUAUGGGGCUCCCAGACCUUCCCAAAACACUUAUUUACCUCCCUUAAGUCGUCCCAUUCCGACCACGCAUCUUCGUCCGGUCACUCAAGACUUUCAACCACCACUACCUCAACCAGGAAUCUAUCAUUUACCACUAGAGAACAUCUUACCAGCAGCUAUACCUAGUGAUAGCUAUGGCAGACCUGUUAGCAACACUUAUGGAAUACCGCCUAAGGCCUCAGUACAUCUUCGGCUUCCUCCACCACCCUCCAGCUAUGGGGCUCCACCAUAUAAAAACGAGUUUAGACCUCCUCCACCUGAUAGUUAUAGACCUCCCAUGCCCAACCACCUAUUUAAUAAAAUAAUUCCACCACCACCACCACCUCCACCUUCUAACAGUUAUGGAGUUCCCUUACAAGAUGCAAUCACCCUUGGGAGUGGCGACAGUGAGGAGUCUGGCUAUAGGGUGCCUUACAAUAAACUGACCGCGAAUGGUCUCACUGAUGUCCAAGUGGUGCCAAGCAUCAAAAUAGCUGACUAUACCGCUUCUAUUGAACAUCCGAUCAACUUAAUCCAGUCUCCAAUAAUAGAUAUAAACGAUCAAAAAUCUGCUAACGAGCAGCAUGAUUUCAAAUCUGACCUGAGCUCUUAUGGAGAUGACAAAAUUGAAUCCAGGAAUAAUCGUUUAAGUGAAAAUCCGAUUGUUGUUGACGAUGAUACUUAUACCAGUGCCAGUGAUAUUAAUUCCACUUACUCGUCUGGAGAGAACUCAACUGCUACAAAAAGGCACAACGACAAGUUUAUUGGCACUGGAUCGUUUGAAAACCCACUGAAAGACAUCGAUUUAACUGACAAUUUGAUCCAGAAGCUUCUGCUCGAGCACAACAUCAUUGAGGACCCCAAAACUCAAAUCGUGGGUAUCAAAAAAGGCACUGUAGACCAUAAAAAGUUUCAAUCGAACUUCAACCUGGUCACCCCAUCAGUAGAUUACAGCGGCUGGAGUUCUCCGCAGUACUCUACACUAUCAACCGUAAUGGUACCCCCGAAGCCUGUAAGUACAACCUGGAUGACCCCAGUUAACGAGAGUUUUGCCAAACAGUCGAAAAAACUUCAAAUCAUCGUUCCGUACUUGAGAAGCCCCGAUAACCAUCUACACCAAUCUACAACAGGCCUGUAUAACAAAGAAUACACCACUUUGGCACCGGUUUUUGUGCCUCCACCUGUCACAAGUGAAUCUACCAACCUCUGGACCCAAUUGGUCGAGGAUAUUAGGAAUGUAGAGUCUAAUAAAGAGGCCGCCCAAUCAUUCCAAACAACAUCUACAGAGGUGUAUAAUAUCAACGACUUCUUGGCCAAGCAAACUUAUGAUAUACAGUCACUGCAGAAGAACAUUGACGCUUGGACGCAUCAGAGCUACAGUAACCGAUACAACUUUGGGGACAAGAUCACCACGAAGCUGAGUUACGUUAAAAAGAUCCCCGGAGAGUACUUAACUACCACAACCCCUAGUCAGUUGGGAGCUGACUUCCGUGACCACGAGACCUCUAGCAGCGAUAAAAAGGAGUUUAUUAGUAACGAAAUUGAUACAGAACCACCAUCGACGGAACCUCCGAAGGUGAGGUAUAUCAUUAAAAACGUGAAGAAACCUACUUGGGAGGAGAACAAGGUGACCCUAAGCAACUCUACGCACGAGAAAAUCUACGUGGUGACUCCGCAGAGUUACGUUCAGCUACAGACCAGCACGCCACCUACGGCGUUCAGUAUGGCACCGAAAAUCCAGAAUGGGAGGGUUAAUAAUGUCGCUUCCAUGACGAGGAUUAGUGUGAGGGUGGAGGCACCGAAGGGUGAUGAUCUCAAGGAGAAAAAGCCUGUGAAGGUGAUUUAUAGUGAGUGGCCCCAUUUAAUAAAUGAUUUGGAAACCACCACAACGCAAAGAUCUACCUCGAGACAUCCGUUGUUUGGAUUGAUAGAUCUGGCUCCUUUUACUGUACCAUCAAAUUCUACUGUAGAAACCAUUAGUGGGCAUUCAAAGGUUUCCACGAUGGUUACGGCCCCAAUUACGAGACCGAGCAGUACCACUCCCAUGCCAAAUGACAGAACAAGUGAACCUGUCAAAGUCUUACCCCAGUAGUUUAAAAUAGACUUUUUUUAAUUGAAAAUUGUGAAAUGGGUGGUUUUGGAGGAAAUAAUUUGGUGAUGAACAUAAUAUACAGGGUGUUCGAAAAAUAGACGGAGAUAUUUCAAUGGGUGAUUCCUUGUAAAAAAAUAUGAGAAAAAGUUUCUAUAAACAUGGGUCCGGAAACGCACAGUUUUCAAGAUAGAGGGUGAUAAUUUUUUUUUAACAAGGAAUCACCCAUUAGAAUAUCUCCGUCUAUUUUUCGAACACCCAUUUAUUUUACGUUACUCUUGCAAAUUUGCAUUAAGAUUUCCUUCAAAAAAAUAUGGUCAAUGAAAUACCUAUAAAGGCAGGUACAUAAUACGCUUCGAUGAAGUAACAAUUAUUUAUUUUAUUUGUAUAUAGUUUUUGUUGUUGUAGACAGUAUGUUAUGUAGAUUGUUUUGUUUAUUAUAUUUUAUUAAUUGUAAGGUGCUCAAGUACAUUUUUCACACAUUAUUUAGUACAAAAACCAGAUUUAGUACAUAUACGAAGUUCUGUUUAUUAAUAAUGACUUGUAAUAAAAACAUUUGAUUUUUUUUAA